AUGACCGUCCGUCAGACCAAGAACUUCCAAGACAACCACGGCGUGACUAGUGUCACGAGCCCCGACAUGCGCUGCUUCCAAAAUAAAGCUGGGUCCGGCACUGCCACGGUUGCAGCGGGUGAUACUCUUGGUUUUGUCGCAGCUGCAUCAAUAUCCCACUUCGGGCCAGUGCAGCUCUACAUGGCGAAGGUGCCCGAUAACGCGGAUAUCAAUACUUGGGAUCCUGCGGGCAACGUGUGGUUCAAGGCCGGGAGCAUCAGCGCUGUGCAGGGCAAUGGGGCGCUAACCAGCGACGAGAAGACGUGGCCGGCAUACAAGAAGUCGACCGUAGAAUUCCAGAUUCCUAAGAAUGUACCAAGCGGGAAGUACCUAGCCCGAGUGGAGAGUAUUGCUCUUCACCAGGCGCAGAACGUCGGAGGCGCUCAGAUCUACCUCUCCUGCGCUCAGAUUGAGGUGACUGGUGGAGGAAACGGCAAGCCUGGGCCUUUAGUCGCGUUUCCAGGAGCAUACCAGGCGAACGAUCCAGGGCUGCUCUGGUCGUAUUAUCCGGUUGCCACCAGUUACAAGGCGCCCGGUCCUCCAGUUUGGACGGGGUGA